AUGUUUACGCGCCAGAUGGCUGUCUUAGUCGAAAAUGAUGGAAUAUAUUCAGCAAGAGUAAUUUACAACCGUAAAAGUGGAUACCGCGUAGAUUUUUGGGGUCAAAACAACGACCUGGCAAGCCUACCAAUGGGAUCAGCACGCGCGUAUUUCAAGCACCGAACCCACCAAACAGGCUGGUCGAUUUUAGAAAUCGAAACAUCACCGAGCUUUCCAGAUGAGAUCCAAGCUUAUUCAGCAGGGCUACUAGAAGGUAGCUUGACGUGGCUCUUGAUUCACCUUCAUUGGUACAACACAAUAGCCACCGUGUGUGUUGAAGAUCGCAAAGCAAUUUGCGACGUAGUCAGGCAGCAGCUUCGCGAUAAUUCUGAGGUAGCUCGGGGUCACGCCAAGCUUCUGGGAGCUGAAGAUCCAUUCUGGCACAUGGUCAGGCUGUUCUACGCUCAGCUGGAUGGCUUGAAGGAAGGCUGGAAUUAUGAACUUACACGGAAUCAGCAAGAAGUCGAAAUUCCAGACGAAGACUUCAUCUGGUUGGCGAUGGUCUCUGACUUGUCUAACUUUGGGCUUGAUGAUCCACAGCACGCUGGCAUCGGGGGAAUUUUAUUGAAAAAUUUAACCAAGCAGGCUGAUGUUGAACCGCUUAUUGCGCUUGUCCAUAAUACUGCAGCACCGUACAGAAAAAUGUUGAGAUUGUUGAAAAAAUAUACUUUUGGUUACCAUAUUAAUGGAGAAAAGAAUUCUGAACGUGUACCAACUCGCUCAAUUGUCCUUUCAUCUUAUCCUGGUGCUUUAUCUUCUCAAGAUGAAUAUUAUGGAUUGUAUCAAGAAGACACUAAAAAUUUAAUGAACAUUGUAAUGACAGCGGCUAAAAUAAUGGCAGCUAAUUGGUUAGCAACAGACGUUAAUUCUUGGUCGCGGACAAUCGCUCGCAGAGACGGAUCAGAAAACACACGUGAACUGCUUCAAUGGGUGAUUCUACGUCCCGCUGAUUCAUCAGUCUGGCUCGUUGAGCAACAUCCUCUAAUGACUCAUGCUAUUGAUUAUUCAAAAAUUUUUCGAGAAAAGGGUUAUCUAUUUUGCGACGGCAAUUCAUUAUUAUUAAAUCAAGAAAAUAUUUACAUUAAUAAAGAGUCAAUUGUUGAAACUAAAAAUAUUCCAGAGCAAGUAAUAAAUAUUAAAGAUAAUGAAAAUAUUAAUUUAAAUGAUAAAAAAAUUGAAUCGAAUUCAGAGGAAUCGCAGGUUGGCCACGAAGAAUAUUUAAAUUUAUUUUUUAAAUCAUUAAACUCAAGCAUUCAUUUUAAAUUUAUUGAAAAAGAAUUACCUUCAAUGAUUGAUACUAUGACAUUCCGCGGUGAUCUUGAAACUACACCUACUGCAAUUGGGGUAAUUGAUUCAAAAGUUAUGGUACUUAAUGAUCAAGGGUUGGUUGAUUUUCAAGCUACCUCAGGGCCUCCUUGGUCUGCUGAUCAAAAAAGUCCCUUUCAAUGGUCUAAUUCAUUUCCUACUAUUUCGCAUAUUGGUCAGCCGGAUAAAUUUCAAUUUUCUAGUAUAAAUCCACAUUGGGCAUGGAAUUGA